ACAAAAACCCUAAAGUAAGUUAACAUGAACUCAUUCCUAUCAUGUACUGAUGUACUGCUUUAAGAUUAUUUGUUCCCUUUAACAACAUGUGUAAUAAAUGUUACUUAAACAUAAAAAUAUAUUGUAUUUUACUUUUAAAAUUAGGACUUUUAACACCACGAAAGAAAUUGACACAAAACAGUAAGCCGACAUAGAAUAUUAUUAUACUUAAUUAGAAGAUAUUAAUUCAAACAUAUAUUUUUUUGUUUAUUAAAACGCCACGAUCGUGUGGAAAAGCAAAUAAUUAUCAUCAAAAGUACAAAAAUUAUGACCACGGUUUGCAUAAUGACGGAAGUUUUAAACGAUGAUGCAAAUGUCAUUAAUUAAGAAAAUCAAAUAUUGAAAACAUAACCUGUAAAGUGAAAUAUUUACCUUUUGGGUUGUCUGUCAUUUUGUUAAUUAUAAGAUUAAUUAUAUGCUGCUUUAAAGGUUGCAAUAUUACGUAAAUAUGUAGGGACUUGCCCUUCUCCUCUGUAUUAUGCCCAAUAUUGUGGAUCCCGUUGAUUCAUUUUACUGUCUGGCGUCAGCCCCGACUCUUAUGAUAUCAUUUCAUCUAAUUGUGCUUUAUGUGGUGGACCAAGUACAACCUGAAGCUGAAUUCUAUUACCUUGUUAUACAGUUGUUAAUAACUACAUUGGCAUUAUUAGAUCUUAUAUUUGUUGGAAGAUUGAUUGGAGCAGUCUAUGGAUUGUUUUAUGUUGAUUUAAUAAUUGCAUUUAUCAUGGAUUUGAAUUACAUACGGAAACAAUGUGGUUUUAGAUAUUAAUAUUUCUCUAUUUGGAAUGCUGUGAUAAUAUGCUAGUGAUUGUGAAGAGGAAAUUGUCCUAUCAACAAACAGUAUUCAGAGAUUGAACAAUGUACACCCAGAAUGGUAAAAGAUACUGCAUAGUUCAUGUAAUGCAUUUUGUUAAAAUAUUUGUGAAAAGAAUAUGGAGAAAAUGUAGACUAAAUUUAUUUCAAUUAUUAUUGAUUACUGUGUUAAUAAUUAUAUUUACAUUAUGGAUGUGUAAUAGUGAAAUAGUUGAAGAAAAUAAACACAAUCCCGUGAUUUUAUGGUGGACAGCAAGUUUUCCUGGCACAUCGGAAACAAGAUACUGCUCUAAUGGAAUAAAAUGUGACGUUUUUAGUAACAGAAAUUUUAGUGAUGUGUACAAUGUAGAGGCAAAUUUAUUUUAUGCCAGUAAUAUUAAAUUUGAUGAUUUACCACCUCGGCGACCCAAGGAGGUUUUAUGGGGACUAUAUCAUGAGGAAUCACCUAGAAAUGUUGAAGAGUUAAUGCAUGAAGAUGUUUUAAGCUUGUUUAAUUUCUCAUCGACUUUUAGUCGUUUUAGUGAUGUACCAUUUCCUUUGCAAUAUUUAAAUACGUUUGAUGAUAUUACUAAUUUAAAAUAUUUUAUACCAACUUUGGAAAAAAAUAAAUAUUUAAAAGAAAUUUCUCAAGUGAUGUAUCUACAGUCGGAUUGUGAAACUUCAACUGAAAGAGAUGUUUACGUUAAGGAGUUGAUGAAAUAUGUUGAUAUUGAUUCCUAUGGCACAUGUUUGAAUAAUAAAAAACUUCCAAUAAAAUUCACAGAAGACUAUUUGAAUAAAUUGCAUGACGAUGAUUUUCUACGGUUUAUCGCGAGAUAUAAAUUUGUAAUCGCUAUAGAAAAUGGUAUAUGCAAUGAUUACGUUACUGAGAAAUUUUGGCGUGCAAUUAAAGUUGGUACAGUCCCUAUUUACUUUGGAUCCCCAUUGAUUAAGGAUUGGUUUCCUAAUAACAGAUCAGCUAUACUUUUAGAAGACUACCCUACACCUGAAAUUCUGAGUAAAUACAUCACUAAACUAAUGAAUAAUGACACUUUAUAUGAGUCAUACUUGGAACAUAAAACCAAAAGGCUUGUAUCUAAUGCAAAACUUUUGAAUGAGAUAAAAAAUAGACCAUACCAAAUAGAUGCAUUGAAAACCGCUUCAGUAUUCGAAUGUUACGUGUGUGAAAAGUUACAUCAAAUGAGAAAAGGAGAAUUGAAACAAAGUAUUAUCAACAGAAACCAUUAUGAUUGCCCAAAACCGUUGUCAGCACUUACGUUACAAGUGAAUCCUUUGAAUUCUUGGGCGUAUUCAUAUGAGACUGCGAAACAGAAUGCAGCUUCGAUACGUAAAAAAGUCAUGACUGUUGAUUAGAUAUAUACAAUUUAUUUUUUUAAUAUAUUUUUUUACAAUUUCUUAUCGA